AUGCGGGGCAAUACUCACACUCGCUCGACGUACCGCACGACGAGUGUGAGUCUCAAUGAAGUCGAGAGAGGGCGCCGGCCGCCGCCGACUCCUGCUGAAGCGCUCGCUGCUGCUGCAUAUAUGCCCGGCAGCUUGUGGCUGAGGAUGAUCUUGACCGAGAGUUGCCCUGCGGCUCGACUGCGCAGCUAUUUCAGACGCGCGGGGUCACAAGGUGCCUGCCUGCCUGCCUCACCGUGUAG